AUGGAGGGUACCCAGACUGUUCACACAGAUGGCAGCUCCUUACUGAAGGCCGUUUACUUGAGUCGGCUGCGUCUGACGCGUCUUUUACUGGAGGGUGGCGCCUACAUAAACGAGAGCAACGACAUGGGUGAGACACCGCUGAUGGUGGCUUGCAAAAGCAAACACGUGGACCAGCAGAGUGUGCCCAAGCCCAAGAUGGUGCGGUACCUUCUAGAAAGCGGCGCCGAUCCAAACAUUCAGGACAAGAGCGGGAAGACGGCGCUGAUGCAUGCUUGUCUGGAGCGGGCCGGUGCCGAGGUGGUGUCUCAGCUUCUGGAGACAGGUGCUGACCCGAGCUUGGAGGACCAUUCCGGAUGUUCGGCACUGGUCCAUGCUGUGAACGCCAAGGACAAAGAAACACUGAGGAUGCUGAUCGACGCUUGUAAGGCAAAGGGCAAAGAGGUCAUCAUCAUUACCACCGACAAGAUGGCCGAUGGGAAGCAAAUGACCAAACAGUACCUGAACGUUCCUCAAGUAGGCGCCCUGGAGAGGUGGGACCACCUGAAUUCACCUGCGCUGUCCUGUACCUCUCCGUCGGAGAUCGAGCUCCAGACCUCUGCGGGCCCUCACAGUGCUGGCCCAAAACAGAUGUUCUCCUUUCAAGAGUGCAAAGGUGUGACCAACUCCCAGCCCUGCUCACCCUGCCGUCAGUGCGGUAUCACAAACGAAAUCCUGGACAAAACUGUCCCACUACAACGCCUGAACUCAGAACCUUGGCUGCAGAUACCGGUUUCCUUCCUGGUCCAGCAGCAAGGUCUCGGCAACUUCCCUAUCGAGGACCCCCCAGACAUCUCUCUAGAGGACGAGCUCUCGUUCAGAACCGAGCAGUUAGCAUUUACAAGUGGCCCUCUGACACGACAUUGGAGCAUUGACCUCAGAGAGGCUGGUGGCUUGAGCCAAGCUGGGAGACCAACUGGUCAGGCUGCCAUCAAUCGAAGCUCGACGCAGGAGUUUGGUUUAAUGCCCAGCCGCAAGAUGUCCUUUGAUGGCUUGUCUUCGUCUCAUUCGCUCUCGCACCCAAACCUCCAUGCCAAGACCACGGUUGAACCCAUAGCAGCUGAUCGAGACCCCGAUAGGUCCCUCCCAAACUUGGCUGUGUCCAGCCUCCGGAACAUCAUCUGUCGCCGGAAUCUGGGCAUGGACCACUACAGCUCGGACUCUCAGCUGUCCUUCCAGAACGCCGGCUCCUUGGACGACGUGAAGGGGGCCGUUGACAGGAAGCGGCUGGUCACGUCUCGUUCCUCCACUCUGAUUGGGUCGAGGGAGUCUCUCGAGGGCUCGUCACUGACCCAGGCACCCAAGAGGCACCCGGCCGGUCUGGAGCGACGGUCCUCAGGGUUCCUCCUCUCAGACCAGCCCUCACAUCCUCGCCAGGGGUAUCACCUGCCACCACUCACCCAACACACCCCCUGCAAGGUUGGGGCGAAUGCCUCAGGUGUGCCCAGUAAUAACAAGCUGGGUUGUGGCACACUAUCUGGAGUGAAGCCUUGCUACCCCCAGGCACCAGCAGGCUUGAAGGACCCAAAAAGCAGGAGGAUGCUUCUAAGGAGACAUUCCAUGCAGACAGAGCAAAUCAAACAACUUGGAGACUUCAAAGAGAUCUAUGGCCAUUAG